AUGUUCGUUUCGGCAAAAACAUUCAUCGUCGCCCGGUCCACCUUCAUGUGGUCGUUGGCAUACUUUCUGUGGACAGACCCGACCGUUAUUAUUGACAACAUGUAUGUUAAUAUCGUCGGGCAGGCCAUGCAGCUGCCCCCUCUGAAACUCGAGAACGCCGAGCCUCUUCUCGGACUCGUGGCAUACCUGCUGACUAUGGUGGGUGUCUCUGAUGUGGCUCCUCUCAAUGGGCCCUACCUUGAGUACUUUUACUCCAUCAUGCCUCUGCGAGUCAUCACUCUGUUCGCCAUCAUCGCCUACUGUGCCUACGGAAACAGUAUAUACGUGUCCAACUCGAUGGUCUUCUCUAUCGUCUUUCUAGAUCUGCUCUUCAGCUUCUUCACCUACCUGGCUCUUCGAGAGGAGCGUAACGAGUACCUCAAGAAGAAGAUCCUCGCUGUCCAGGCGACCCAGAAGGAUCAGGAGGAGAACAACUUGGUGAGUUGA